UGUGUGUGUGUGUGUGUGUAGUCUCCAGAACACUAGGGGGUGCGAAUGCAACCUCACUGCUGACCGGCGCUGAUGUGCACUGCGCAUGCGUGUUUCAGUCAGCAGGAAGAGGACGGGUGUUUAUCUGAAGCUAUGAGCUGUUCUGUAAAUAUCUGAGUGUUUCUCACACACCCCUGCUGCAGGAUGCCGAUCCCCCCCCCGCCUCCGACCCCCACCUUCAGCCAGGCGAACACGACGCCUCCGAAACUCUCUCAGGAUGAAGCAAAAGGCAGAGGAGCGUUACUCUCCGAUAUCUGUAAAGGCACCAAACUAAAAAAAGUGGGCGUGGUUAAUGACCGCAGUGCUCCAAUGAUCGAGAAGCCCAAAGGGGGCGGGGCUAGCAGCGAGAGUGGACCUGGUGCUGGCGGCGGAGCUGGUACUGGGGGUGGAGCUUGUGUUGGAGGCGUGUCUUUUCAAGGUGGAGCUAAACUCCGACCAUUGGGAGAUGGUUCCGUUGGAAGGUCUUCACUUCAGCCCCCUUCAACUCGUCCUGCUGCACCCCGCCCUCCUGGUUGCCCUGAUGAGCGUGAGACCCCGGCCCACCAGCCGUCUCCCCCUGCACCUCCCGCAAGUCGCCGUGGCAAUGCUCCACCCACUCCUUCUCAAAAAUGUGCCACACCUACUUAUAACCGUGACAAGCCCCUCCCUCCCACACCAGCUCCACCUCCUCCUCCAGUGAAACCUCCUCCUUCUCCAGCCAGCAGUCGCUCUUCUUCUUCAUCUUCGUCUUCUUUAGCCCCACCCCCUCCCCCACCCCCGUAUCGCCAGCAGCUGUCAGUGUCAAAUGGAUCGUCGAGUCCAGUGAAUGAGCUCGCCCCUGAACUGCCUCAGAGGCACAACUCGCUAAGUAAGAAACCCCCAGCGGGAGGUCAUGCCCCCACAAGAGCUCAUGCCCCGCCCCCUCCACCACCAAGUCCCUGCCCCUCCCCAGGUGCCGCCCGUCCUCCUCCUCCAGUACGCGACCCCCCCGGCCGUGGCGCAGCUCCUCCAAUACCUGCGCAGACGCCUCGAAACAGCCGUGAAGCUCCGCCUCCUCCACCAUAUCGAACAUACUCUGAUGCUCCCAGUAGGGGUAAACCUCCACCUCCUCCCUCACGCUCUCCUGCUGGAGCUCCACCUCCUCCACCCCCUACUCGUAACGGUCACGCCCACAGCACCCAGAAUUCCCACUCCUUUGCAGAUGAUUUUGAAUCGAAGUACUCGUUCCACCCGCUGGACGAUUUUCCACCACCAGAUGAGUACAGACACCUCACUAAGAUCUACCCGAGUAAAGCCACCAGAGUAAUGCGAGGGGCUCCUCCACUUCCUCCUGUGGGCCGGUGAACACUGUGAGCAGUCACAUACACACACACACACACACACACACUACACAAAUCCUGCACCUUAUGCACCAUGUCUCGCUCUCACUCAGCCCAUGGUGAGAAUCCGUCUGUCUGUCUGCAGGCGACCACCUUCUCCAAGUAACUCCCUUCUUUUCCUUCUUCUUCUUUAAUGUUCAUUUUCCAAUAGAGAUGAUGUUUAAACUGAGAUAGUGCCACCAGAGAAGCAUGAAGGAUUAAAUCUGGAAUACAAGCUGAUCAGUGAGAACUUCGUCCUCUUAAUUUAUGAAUUAUAACGAUAUAAAAUCUACAGGGUUCCUGUUAGCCUCUAAAUCCUGCUGUUUUCACUGUGUGUGUGUGUGUGUGUGUGUGUGUGUGUGUGUAAGGAAAGCUAUUACAGCUGAUUUUAUUCAGGAAUCUCUGUAAAGGUAAAGACGAGCCACUGAAGUUGUAGAGGUUUAUUAUUGAUCAGGUGAUGAGUGUAAUGGAGGCUGUGAGGAACCUACUGAGAUGUUGGAGAUCUGAUCCUGCUGCAGAAAUGUACAUUUAUUCUUUAAAUACAUUUUAACCACAAAGAGAAAUAAACUGUUAGAGAUGCA